GGAGGCCAAACCUUUGAGAUAUCAAACAUUAGUGCGGGGACAAUACGGGCAUACAGAAGAUCUCUUCCUUACCUCAGGAUCAACAUCAUCCUCAUCCUCAACUCCUAUCUGGCUGAAAUCUUCAAUGCUGUAGUUACAGUUGCGAGUUGUGGAACGAUGCUGAGUUUGAUCACAUUCAUGCCUUACUGGUUUGGUCUGCUGGUUGAGCUAGUCCUCAUCUACAAUGUACAUCUGGUUAUGGGUCUUGUCAUGGGAAUUGCAGCUUGCAGGCUUCUUAUGAUUAUCAAAUUUGACAAGAUGAUCCAGUUUGAACCAGAGAAGUUUUGCCAUAGACUGCUGACUGUACUACUCAUCCUGACUGCUGUUAUUAUGGAAUACCCUGCAUAUUAUACCAUAUCAAGAGGCGUGGUUGGGGUAGUAGUUGGACAUUUCACAGGAAUCGAUAGUUCAGCAGCUGUUGGCGCAUAUCAGAUCAGCUUUGCAAUACUAUUGGUGCUUACUGUUAUUACAACAGUUGGUUCGUAUCUGUAUGGAAAGUACUACCUCAAGAAGCACCAUGCCACCAAUAGUGUGCUAUCUGAAAAUGGAGAGACUGGAAAGAAUAUGAUAAGCAUGAAGUUAAUUAUCAAAAUUAUCAUAAGUCUUUCUCUAGUUUUCCUCAUAAUACUUGGACUCCUUUUAGAGGGUAGACAUGUUGAGCUUGUAUUGAUCAUUUCUGUAACAUUAUUCACCCUGUUUCUAAUCAAAUAUGUGCAUUCCCCCAAACUAAAGGUUUUUUUCUUUCACAAGUUGUGUCAGACAAAGACAAGGACAAAUGAAAAAUUCAUUGCCUUUAAAUCUUCAAUCUCAUUUUUCAGAAAGAACAAAGUUUGUGUUCAAAAUAUGGUUCAAGAAGCAUAAGUAUUUCUUGUUGUAAAUUUUGGGGUAACAAUCUUGUUUCGCUUACUUUAUAAUUAAUGUUUAUUUAAUUCACUCUGGGCCGUAGUAAAUUUGAAUUCGAACAGGACCUGCCCAGUUUGUACCA